UGCUGUAGCUUUGUAUAAUCAGGCAUACAUUACAAUCAACCUUUCCGAAGGAGACUACAAAGCUAAAGCAAGAAGAUAUCUAAAGGACGCUGAGAAUGCUCUGGAUGUUCAUGUCUCAGAAACUACCAAUACACAGGUAUCUGUCCACAUAUCUUCAACAAGUAACUUUGAGCCACACAAUAAGGAUGCCAAUAAUUUCCAGGCACAAAUGGAGGCCAGAAUGAAUAUAUUCAAAUCCUGGAAGGAAUACAUUCAACGUGCCAUUAAGAAACUUGACGAGCUUGAGAAAAGCAAUGAUGAUGCAGUUGCAGAAGAUUCAUCCGUUUACGCACUCUCUGAAGAUAAGAAUUUCAUUGUUAUGAAUGAGCUGGUGGCACUCUAUGAAUAUGGCCUUGGCAUUGUUUUUGAAGUGAAAAAGAAGCCUCGGUUCUGUUUCGAUGCCUUGAUCUGUUUUAUCCUUGGGGUGAUCCAAGUAAUUGCUGGCAUUCUUGUUUGUGCCCUGUCAUUUGGCACAGCCAGUCAGUUUGGUCUUGGUUUGAUCUCUGAGGGAGUGUCAGAUAUGAUUAAUGGAAUUGAGGGGAUGAUUAAAGGGACUUUUGACUGGGCCUCAUGGGCUAUAUCCAAAAGCAUCAGCAUUGGGAUGGCCUUGCUUAGUGCUGGAUUCAGCACUAUUAAGAAAGUGGUCACAACGGGAUUUAAGGUCACGAAAGGUCUUCUCACUGGCACGAAGUCCUUCUCAUCUCUUGCAGACGAUGUUCUGCAGUCAGGAAAGAAACUCUUCCUGUCCUUAAAAGGAGCAGCAAAACAAACCACAUCCUCAUUCAGUAAACAAGCUUUCGGAAGUACAGUGAAGAAAUUAUCAUCAUCUACGGCAGUUAAACAAAAUUUCAAACACGCUUCAAGAUAUGCUCUUCAAGAACUUGGAAAGGAAGCUGCGAACAGUGCAUUGAACUAUCUGAUUGAUGAAGGAGUUCAAGCAUUUUUUAAAACUAUUUUGCAAUCAUCUUUCAAAGAUACAGUCACCUCUGCAGUUAAACAGAAUGAUCAGCUGGCUCUUGCUCUCACUGACUUCAUUAGUUCAAGCGUUCCAAAAGCUGCCUUGGAGAAAGAGCCAAAUGAUUUUAAGAUAAACAAGAAAUAUGAGACGGUGAUUCAAGAAACUGUGGAUACUAUGACUGACAUUGUCAUUUCUGACCUCAUGAUAGACUGCACAACAGCUCAUGAUGUUAUUAAUAAACUCACUGAUGUGUGUGAAAAAGCAACCGACAUUAUGGAACAAGCAAGGCUCCCAGGUGUUACAAAAAGACUUGUGAAAUUAUUGGAGGCAGCUGACUACACCUCCCGCUUUGUUGAAUGUUUGUCAUCUGUCCCUACAAAGAAAAUCAUUGAUGAGACAUUAGUUCCAAAAUUAUUAGAAAAGAUUAAUGAGGUACAACUAGAAAUGGGUGAGUCCAGUCAGGAUGAAAGACGCAAUCUACCAGAUGUGAAACGCCUGAAAGAUGAUCUCCUUUGCAACAUUGCUGAAAAAGUUUCCCAAGCAUUUAUCGAAUCUUGCUCUGGGCAUAUAACCAAUAUCAUGACAAAAUCAUUUAAAAGAAAGUUGAACAAAGCUACUGGAAAAGCUGUUGGAAAUGUACUAGGCAAAUAUAAAACUCAAAGUUUUUUUGAUGAUCAGAGGCAUAAGCACAACAUGAAAUCAGCUAGUCACAAGAAAGAUAAGACUCUGUCAGAGUCAGAGGAGAAGGAGCUGAAGAGUUACUUAGAGGACAUUAGCAACGUAAACCACGCAGCCACAGCUUUUGACAUUUAUGUCCUCACAAAAAGCGAUCUGAUCCAGGGCAAAGGAAUCCGAUUAAUUGUGUGUGACAAACAUGGACGUCGCCUCUCAGAGGAAUGUUACCCUGGCAUGGAUAACUCAGCUGGAGAAAUAACGCUCAGGUUAACAAAACAGCCAGUGACUACACAGAAAAAGGGAAUAUAUUCUUGGAUUAAAAAAAGAGUUCUUGGAGAGAGAGAACCAUACCUUGGACAUUUUGACAUAAUUCAAGCAAAUGGAAAAGUAAUCCAAGUGAAAUCUGACAAACAGAACUGCCUCUAUCAUGCCAUUGUUUUGGCCACAAGCAACAACCCAGAAGAUGUCAAACAAGAGGCAGUGAGGCUUCGUGAGAAAGUAAAAAAUGAAGUUAAGCUAAACUUUAAGUCAUAUACACAAAUGCUCAGGCUUCAGAAGGGAUAUGAUGAGACUCACAAAAACCCUGGGAAAUAUGCCAUUACUGGAGGAAUCAGACAGGAGAGAGACAAAGCAAAGGAGGCCAGAAAAAAACAUCAGGAGACUCUGAAGUCUUUUCAUUUGAGCAAGGAGGAAUAUGAGAUUAUCAAAGCCUACAACCUUGGUUAUGUGGAUAACUAUAAAUGUGUGACACAUGUUCGUAAUACCAGUGAAAACAACGGCAAUAAUAACAGGAAAAGGACAGUGAAUGCAGACCAUAUUCCACCAAAAAAUUCCAUUAAAAUGGCCUGGCAAUGCAUACAAGCUAACCCUGAGAGGAGAGAAGAGCUCAAGACACAAAAUCCAGGACUUUACAACAUGUUACAGAGUUCUGAGAAUGACCAGCUUGCCAUGGAGGUUUUCAAAUCACAUCACAUGCAAGCCUUAACCACUGGAAGAAGCAAAGAGUCUACACUGUGCAGAGAACUGAUUACUGAAAGUCUUGUCGGUGGAGACACAGAGAAAAUGCUGAAGCAUUCUCUGAUUUUGGCCAAUCCACAAAUGUCACAGCAACUCAAAAGGGAUGCAGGGGUCACUCUCAAACCACAACAACAUAUAAUGACUACUCAGAAAUACUACAAAAUAGGGUACACUUCAGUAGUGGAAAUAUACUUUGAACGGGGUGUCAUCGAUCAGAACCAGAAAGAACGACUAUCAGCAUGGGUGCAUCAAGACAAAUAUUUGAGCAAUGAAACUCCUGAGUAUCAAGAAAUCCUGAAAAAAAUUAGAAAAAAUGAUUAGAAAACAUUAGCUGAAAGCCUCUUCUGCGGUCAUAGGGAUAGAGGGAUAUUGUAUCUCUUGUCUGUUUGAGGAGGAGCAGAGCAGUUUACCUGCACUGUUGCCCUGUGUUUCCUGCAUAGCUUUUUAGGGCAUAUUUCUUGAAAUCAUAUUCAGUGUAUUGUUGACUGUUUUAAUUUCAUUGACCAUGUUUGAAAACAUUUAAGCACACAGUUGCUGAAACAGAUAAUCACCAAUGAAAAUUAUUUCAACUGCACAAACUGAAUCAAUCAUGCAUUAAUCAUGAAAGUCAUCCGCAUAUGAUCAAAAACAAUCUGUAAUUUAAUUUGUAAUGUGACAGCCGAUUUC